AUCCGUGGGACUGUCCGAACUGUCUGUGCCCUAACAGCUGACAGACUCUACGUUGAGUAUGGGUUAUGUCUCCAUGUAUUGCAAAAUGAAAUUUAUUAUGUAGGCUAGGUAACGCAGAAUUUGCUGUAUAGUCUACAGAUGAUUUGUGGAUUGUUAAUGUUAAUUUUCAGUUUGGUCAUUUGCUGGACGAAAUGUAACAUUUUUCUGUGAACAAAGUUUUGAAACAUGGCUGCCAUUCGACACACACUACAACGUGAUGUUUUCCAGCCAAAUGACGAACAUUUGUUAGCAAUUGUCCAUGUUAGCAAGUUGCUUAAGAAGAAGAAAACCAGCUUCCUGUGCAUUGCUAUUACAACAGAAAAGCCUAUAUGUGUUUCUAUUUACCAGGUUAAGAAGACUGAUAAAAAUGUAUUUAAGAAAAAGAGGUCAUGGAUGCUGAGUGAACUUAAAUCAGUUGAUGGAAAGAAUAUAUCUGGUGAUACACAUGAAUUUGAUUUACAGUUUGAUAAGGUAUUCAAGUGGUUUGCCAUAAACCUGCAAGAAAGACAAAAUUUCCUUGUUGUUCUAUGGAAGCAGUGUUUCAAGCAUCUUCCAAAGCAGAAGCCACAGUUCCAUAACUUACCAGAAGAAUGGAUUGGAGACACAGGACUCUUUGUUGAAAAUGAAGUGGCUAUAACACCAGGUUAUGUUGAACCAGUGGAAGCUGAGGACUACUUGGUUCUGACAGACCGGGAAGAACAGGAUCUGGAAAAGCUCAUGUCACAGUGUGAAUCUGGAAUCAGCAAUGCUGAAUCUUUUAUGGAAAAUCUAGCAAAGGAUCUCUCUAUCCUUGAUGGGGAGAACGUGCACAGUGUGUUAGCUUCAGAACAGCAAGUGGCGCAACUGAUGGUGCAAAUUGAAGCAGCUAUUGCAGAAGCUGAGCAAGUAGAAGCUCGUCUGGACUCUUACGAUGAAAUUCUCUGCCAUAUAAGAGACACAAUGGAAAAGAUGGAAGAAAAGAAUCUCCUUAUUGAAGUUGCAAAUCAAAAUAACCAGAAGCUUCUCUCUGAAGUAGAACAUGUCAUUUCUCAGUUGGAUUUACCUCAUAAGCAUCAAAUGGCUCUCAUCGAUUCUGAUCUUACAAGUCCUCAUGGUCUACAGAAUGCAGUAGCAGCAGGCAAGGCUUUGUUGGCAGCAAUGAAUGCUGAGAUCCACCCAGCUCUGGUACGACUAGCUGCAGUACAGGAGCAGAGAAAGAGGUUUGACAAGUGGAAAACGAAGUUCUCACAGACGAUAUCUAGACACCUCAAUAACCUUUUUAUACAUCUGGGUAAUGAUGCUGGUGAGACUCUCAGUUUCCAUGCCAGUGAUUUGACUUUACCAAAGCAUAACUCGAUCCACAGAGAGCUGGAAGUAUACACAGAAUUAAUGCACUGGUGCAAAGCUAUGGAUCGAAAAGCUUACACAGCUCUCACUAAGGUGUAUACCAACUCUCUCAGUAAACUCUAUGAACGAGAUAUUAAACAGUUCUUCGAGGAAGCAAAACAACAGAUUUCAGGAAUGAGGGAAAAGAAAGGUAAAGGAAGUGGUUCUAAUCAAGAUAUCACUGGGAAGUUGAAACAGCAGGCCCAAAAUUUUGGAGGACCAGCCAAAUCCCCUCAGCCCUCAGGUUUGCUUGGCCUGGAACGUGAUCAGUGGUGUGUUGAUGUGGAUGCGGCUGAGAGGCAGCGCUUUGAUGAGGUUCUGGAAAGAGCACUGGCUGAACUGGAACCUGUAUGCCUUGCAGAGCAGAACUUCUGUGUCAGCUUCUUUCAGCUAGAUGUCCUUAGUCCAACAACAAAAAACACACAGACGACUUUAGAUGGUCUGGGAACAGAUUCCAAAAGUGAAACAGAUGCUAUAUCUACAGCUUCCCUGCCUUUAAAGAAGAUGGAAAAGCAAAUCAAUGAAGAAGUUCGUCGAAUGAUGGGAGACUUGUUUGGCUGUCUUGAACCUGAGCUAGUCAGUUUUAUUGCAUAUUACGAGAAGAUGGACAGUUUUUACUGCAUGUAUGUGUUGGUGCGAUUAAGCCAACAUGUAAUGUCAGCCCAGGAUACAGGUUCAUUCCUUAGCAUGAGCUUUGCAUCAGCCUUGGUACAGGUGAAAAGAAAUUUUGACCGUUUCAUGCAAGCACAACUAAAGUCUAUUGAGGACACUAAAGUUAAUCGCAAGAGCAAAUGUGGCCUUCUCCCAUAUGUGGCUAAUUUUGAGGAUUUUGCAAAGACAGCUGAAGCUAUAUUCAAAAACACUGACCGCCGUACUGAUUUAGAUAAGUGGUAUACGAAACUGGUUGGAGCAAUAUUUGAAGCAAUUCUACGUAAUGCAGCUGAACAUCAUAGAACUCCACAAGAAGUGAUAAAAAUGGAGAAUUUCCAUCACCUUUAUGCUCUUCUGUCAGAACUGAAAGUGGGUGUUCUGGAUGGGCUACGAAAAGAUGCCAAGCAGAAGUACAGUGAUGCAUUGAAGAUUUAUGUGACUCAGUACUUUGGAAGACCACUUGAGAAACUAAAUCUAUUCUUUGAAGGAGUUCAAGCCAAAGUAGCACAGGGUGUUAAAGAAUCUGAAAUCAGUUAUCAGAUGGCUUACAGCAAACAGGAGUUACGGAAAGUGAUCAGAGAAUACCCUGCCCGAGAGGUUAAAAGGGGUCUAGACAAUUUAUACCGCAAAGUUGAAAAACAUCUGUGUGAAGAGGAAAAUUUGCUUCAGGUGGUAUGGAGAGCAAUGCAAGAAGAGUUCAUACAACAGUAUAAAUAUAUUGAAGAAUUAAUACAACGAUGCUAUCCGGGUUCAAUGAUUGUGCUAGAUUUUUCUAUCCAAAAUAUUUUGGAAUUCUUUUCAGAAAUAGCACUAUCACAUUAAUUAAAGAACUUGAGGUCCUUUAAGUACAUUUAGAAGACAAUUAUCAGUAUAUGUAAAUAUUAUAAUUGAAAAAGUAAUAGUAUUUACUUUCCAUUAUUUGCCCUUAUGUGAAAAUAUAUGGUAAUCUAAUUUUGAUUUUUUAA